UUUUCAUCACGCAAAUUCCAAUCUCAAUUACUCUCGCUCUCAACAUGCCUUUUUUUAUUUCGUUAUUUCACUAAUAAUCAAAGAAAAAAAAAUUCGUUAAGUCGACGCCACCACCACCUUCUCUUCGAAUCAGCCAAGAAUCAACAAAUUAUCCCACCAUCUCUCAUCUGCCCACGUAUAUCCUCAUUGACAUUCUCUCUAGACUCCCUCUCAAGUUAAUCUUCACUUCAAGGCGUGUUUCUAAAGCCUGGAACUCUUUAAUUUCAGACCCUCUUUUUUCCAAACUCCACUCCACUAGACCAAAUCUUCAGCUCUUCCUCCGAACCGAUAGUUUUUCAUCUCUCUAGAACCCUUCACUGGGUUGAUUUUGAAACUUUAUAUUGCACUCUGACCCAAAUCAACGCUCGCUUUUACCUUCCGAACCGCAGCCCUAAGCAUGAAGAUAGGACCCUACGUCCUUUAGAGAUUUCUUUUCAAGAUAACUUUCUUUUUGGGCUUUGUUUGUGCCAAAAUAUUGUCUGAUGUGUUCAAGACCGAGCCCAAAAUUUUUCGAUUAUCCUAACUGACAGAUUUAAUUACAUCCCAACAUUAAUGAAAAAUAUUAUAGUAAAUUAACAACAAUAUUAAGCAAAAAAUCUAUUUGUAAUAAUUUUGAAAAGGAAAAAAGUAUACUCUCACGGCAGGCUUGUCGUAUAUCUUCUCUUUCAGCUGCCAUUGGAAGCAAAGUUGGGUUACUUGAGUUGAACUUGAAGGUUGCCUUUGGUUCCCAGUGGCAGUAUCAGUAAAAUUAACGUGUUAAUAUGGAUGGGAGAGUGGCAGAGCCUUUUUUUUGGGAGGAAGAAAUCAAUGGGCAGCUAAAUCCUUGUAUAACUAGUGUGAAAAGGAAGGUUAGAUCAAAGAAAUGGGAGUUUUUGGGUUGGGGAUCAGAACCAUUAAUUGGAUUUCUUCAAUCAAUUGGUAAAGAUACUAAAGAAAAAAUCUCUCAGUUUGAUGUUUCUGACAUCUUAACUAAAUAUGUUAAGGAGAAUAACCUCCUUGACCCGAAAAGGAAGAAAAAGAUUCUUUGCGAUGAGAAGCUUCUUUCCCUCUUUGGAAGAAAAUCAAUCAGCCGGAAUAAAAUUUAUGAUUUGCUGGAGGCACAUUAUGCUGAAAACCAUGAAGAAUCAGAUGAUGGGAUUUUGGAUGGUUCAGAGAACGAGAAUGAGAAACAAAAAACAAGAAAAAUCCCUAAGAAGAAAAAACUUGUUAAAGCUCCCAAAAGCUGUUUCGCCGCUAUAAUUCCAGAUAAUAUAAAGCUUGUCUACUUGAAGAGGAGUUUGGUUCAAGAUCUUUUGAAGGAUCCAGAAUCAUUAAAACACAAAAUAGUUGGAAGCUUCAUUAGGAUCAAAUCAGAUCCUAAUGAUUACCUGCAGAAGAACUCUCAUUGGCUUCUACAAGUUACAGGUCUAAAAGAGGUGUCUAGAACUGAUAAUACAAGUACAGAAAUUCUUCUCCAGGCCUCAAAUUAUUUAAAAGAUAUUCAUAUUUCCACACUUUCCGAUGAUAACUUCUCUAAGGAAGAGUGUGAAGACCUGUGCCAGAGAGUGAAAGAUGGUUUGCUCAGGAGGCCAACUGUGGUGGAGCUUGAAGAAAAAGCUCGAACUUUGCAUGAGGAUAUAACAAAGCAUUGGCUUGUGGGAGAACUUGCUUUGCUGCAAAAACUCAUUGAUCGAGCCAAUGAAAAGGGAUGGCGUAGAGAACUAUUUGAGUAUCUGGAGAGAAGACAGUUGCUUCAGUCUCCUGCUGAACAGUCACGGCUUUUGCAUGAAGUUCCAGAAGUUCUUGCAGAUGAAAUUGAACAGGUAGUUAGUGCACAGGACAUCCCUGACAGUAUGAAACAAGGAAAUGAUGAUUCUCUAGUACCACUUGUCAAGGGAGCUUCAGAUCUUCCUAUUGAUGAGAUUGCAGCAUAUGGCAAUUUUAAAUCUUUGGCGUCUCUUAGUACAGAGCCUCCAGAGAUGCAAGCUGCUGUGCUGAAGUCAAAGCAGCAGACGGAAAAUGAAAUGCAGCUUGUUUUUUCACUUGAAAAACAGCCAAAGCUGUCAAUAGAGACUCUGAAAAUAGAUGAAAACAAGAUUGGUGAGAAGCAGGUUAUCAACUUGAGUGACGAUGAUAGUGAUGAAGAUGGAUUGGGGCGGCUGGAAUGGCAUUAUGUUGAUCCCUAUGGUGAUAUUCAAGGUCCAUUCUCAAUCAUAUCACUUAAACGUUGGAGUGAUGCCGCAUAUUUUCCUCCAGGUUUCAUGGUUUGGAAGGCGGGUCAGAGCCAAGACAGUGCUGUAUUAUUAAGUGACAUUCUCCGAUGGGUGUUCCCCUGAUUCUUAUGAAAUGUAGUACAGAACUCUCUCUAUAACAAUAAGCAUGACUUUGGAGGAUGAGAUAUAUGAUAGCAAGCAGAUGAACUCAUUUUAUUAUUCAUUUUCAAAAUAAUAUCUAGAAAAAGGCCUUGAUAAGUUGCAA